GGGCUCAUAAACACUAGCAUGAUCAAGCGCUACUGCGAUCUAGUCCCUGUUCUGCGCCCGAUGCUUGGAUAUGUUAAGAGAUGGGCAAAGCCGCUUGGGCUCAAUCACCCGAGCACAGGGCAAGGACCUCCGACGUUUAGCACAUAUGCGUUUGCCUUGAUGGUUAUUGGAUAUCUGCAGAUGAGAGGCUGGGCGCCAAACCUGCAGCAUGAAAUUGAAAGUUCAUCUGAAGGCGGCGAAGAAGGAGUGUUUUGGCUUCGCGAAUCCGUAUCUCUUCAUGCCUGCAAGAUACGUUGCGAUACGCGGUAUCACAGAAAGAAUGACUGGAGUCCAGAUGUCGAGAUUGAACUAAAGGAAGCGUUGCAUGGGUGGUUCACGUUCUGGAGCGAAGGAUUCGACUACGAGGGUUCGAUGAUGGACAUCAAAUCAGGAGGAGUAGUACCACGCCCUACCAAGCAACCCGAAAUGCUAACUUCCGAGGGAUCCCAACGCUCGACAAAGACGGUCCUUGUUCUGAAUCCUGACUUACCCUGUGUAGAAGCCGAUGAUCUAAGCGAACACAGUGACACAGAACUCGCAGAGAUAUCGAGUGGAAAGGAAGAAGCCGAAGCGGUCGUCGUUUUCGAAGAAAGAGAGGAAGAGGAAGAUCAAGAGGACCAAGACAGCACGAAUCUUGAAGUGGAGGAGAAUACCAAGAGCACAUUUGCCAAGGAAUCUAUCUGCAUCAUCGAUCCAUUCGUGAGGACCAAGAAUGUCACAAGAAGUAUUACCAAGAAAAACCUGGAGCUCUUUCGUUCGAAUUGUCAGCGUGUCGCGAUUCUUAUGUCAUGUGGUGCCUCGAUAAGUGAGGUCAUUGACUUGGAAGACGACCCAGUCUUUCAACCGCAUAGCUUCGCCAAGAAAAGGAAUUUUGUUCGUCAACCGCUCUAUCCUAGAGCUGAAAGACCAGAUCAUAAACCCCGACCACCACCGCAAUCGGAAUUGGACGCGCAGGGUUCUCGGGAAAACGUUACCACUGAACGAUCCAGAUUAUUUAAUGAGCUGAUACGCCCACUUCUUCCUGAUAGCAAGUCAUCUAGGGAUAAGGGUAAAGACAGAGAACGGGCUCCCUUAGAUGAUCACGCGGGCGAUAUUGGUGUCGCAUUUUCGCAACCGCCACCUCGGCUGCAACCUACAGCCGGUUCAUCAUCACAUUCCAUCGCCGCGAGUCGUUCCAAUUUUAACAAGGAGACAAGAAAGAGGGCGUGGACCGAGCGUCAGGUCAGGACCGAAGAGGGGAAGCAAAGAGGCUCGGCCGACAACGUUGAUCUUACUGCUGUGAAAAAGGUCAUGUCGAAUGAAACUCCCACCCUCUCGGACGCCCGCAAGGGUCAACCAGCAGAAGUCCCAAGCCCGCUAGAGAUGACUUCUGGCUCUACUUCUUUACCGUCGAAGAAAUCCAAAAACCGCAGAUCAAAGCGCGGCAAACAAGGUGAGGGCCAAGAGGAAAUGAAGAAGAGUGCCAAGCAGUCUGCACCAAUACCUGGCCACUUGGGGUCCAGAGGUUCCCCAGCGAGGUUUGAUAAGGAUAUUAUACAUGUUCCACAGGAGCAUUCUGUGAGUGCGGGUGAACCGCAAAAGGGUUCUGGUGAUCUCCCAAUAUCUGCAAUCCAGCUGAGACUAAAGAAGGACAUCAGGGGCCAGGGGCCAGGAGCACCAAAGCUUACAGAGACCACUAGGAAAGGGUAAAGGAGACGUGGGCGAAGGGCCCAGGUCGUCUUAAGCGCCUGGGCUGGAGAAGUCGUGAUCUGGUAAUACAAGACUGGAGAUAUGAAAUCAGUUAAUUUCUGCAUCAAGUAACACUGAUUCUCCUAUACUGAUUAUCUAUGGCUAGUACAUUUUUUCAUCAUCCAAAUAUCAAACUCUACUAGUGCUUGGUUUGACGUUAUCUUGAUCUCAUAAAGGGAUAUCUUGCGGUUACUGGUU